UGGUGGUCUCAAUUUGGCACUGGAACCCCUAAUUUGCAAAAGUUUGCCAUGAAGAUUUGUAGUCUCACUUGUAGCUCUUCAGGUUGUGAAAGAAAUUGGAGUAUCUUUGAGCAUCUUCAUAACAAAAAGAGAAACCGAUUGGAGCAACGACGUCUUAAUGAUUUGGUAUUUGUGAAGUAUAAUAGAGCUUUGAGACGUCGCUUCAAUUUACGUAAAUCAAUAGAUCCCAUUUCCUUGGAUGAAAUUGAUGAAAGUAAUGAGUGGUUGCUUGGGACAAUUGACCAACUUGAUGAUUCAGAUAAUGAACUUGUACAUGAGGGCGAUGAUUUAACAUGGGCUGAUGUUUCUAGAGCUUCUGGUGUUGAAAAAGCUCACUAUGCAACUAGAUCAAAUGCUCCAACUCCAAAUUUGACAAAGAGUAGAAGAAGGGCUACUUCUACUUCAAAUGCUCCAAUUGAACCUGAUGAAGAUGAAGAGGAAGAGAGAUAUGAUGUGGAAGAAGAGGAUAUUGGAGAUGAUGUUUCUGAUGAUGGAAAUAUGGAAAUGUUAGAUCUUGAUGUUGACAAUGAGGCUGAUUUUUAGAUUAUCUAAUCUUAAUUAGGAUUUAAGAUCUACAAACCUCUUUUGGAUUUAAUCUAAUUUUAGUUAAAGACUUUUCUUACAAAUUUUUUGAACUUCCGUGAUACUUAUAUUUUGGUUGCUGAAAUAUGUUUGGAUUUGUUGUGC